UUGUUUCAGGAUAGCAAGGGAUCCAAGGGACGAUUAUCUUGAUAAAGCUCGCUGUCCGGCGUCGAUGAACCACGUGUCAAUAAGACCACCGGCCGAGCCGAGACCUCGACGUCGACCGACCUCAAGGUGUUGUUGAAUGCAACUCUUCGCUUCUUGGCGCUCACUUACAUGUGCACAGUUGUGAUUGUACUGCAAGUGCUACCCAGCACUUCUUCAAGCUGGUACCUACGAAAUGCCGAGCAGAGAAUCGUCCGAAGAUUGGUCGCUCUACUACGCAUAUGGGGCUCUCGGCGUUCAGGCAUUGCUGCCGAUCGUAAUCGGGUCAUAUGCAAGCGUCAAGACGCCAAAAUGGAUACGACAUCGGGGCAAGGCUACGAAGAAGGAGGUCAUCCUGAACCCAGAUGAUUCUGAUGACGAGGACGAUGAGGAGGUGGAGGAGCGGAUAGGCUUGACCGACAGCUUGAUGUUCCCCGUCAUUGCUUCGUGCAUGCUGCUUGGAUUAUUCUUGGUAUUCAAGUAUCUGGAUUCCAAAUGGAUCAACAAGAUCCUCGGGGGUUACUUUGCGUUCGCUUCUGUACUAGCAUUCCAGUUCACCUUCACAUACCUCAUUAAAGGCGCUUGGAGCAAGUUCUCGAGCAAGCCGUAUACCAAGUAUCAUUUCCGACUAGAGCAAGGUUACAAGCAAAUCAUGCACAUACCCCUCACUGCGAUCUCGCUGGUCGUUAUCCCAUUCUCGAUUGCCCUACCGAUCAUUUACAUCUUUACGGAUAGACCUUGGUAUAUCACGAACAUCCUCUCGUUCUCCUUCGCGGUGUCGUCGAUCAGCGUGCUCAGGCUCGACGGCUUCAAGACGGGCGGCGCUCUUCUCAUCGGGUUGUUCUUUUACGAUAUCUUUUGGGUAUUCGGUACCCCUGUCAUGGUCACCGUAGCCAAGAAUCUUGACGCUCCGAUUAAGGUCCUGGCCCCGCGAGAUCUUCAUAACGCAGACGCUGGCUUCAGCAUGUUGGGUCUCGGAGACAUCGUCAUACCAGGGAUUUUCGUAUCGCUAGCUCUGCGAUACGACUUUUCAUCCUACGUCAGACGCACUCUCAAGCGAAACCCCGAUGCUUCGCCGGCAGCGGGCGAUUCCUAUAGCAAACCGUACUUUUUGGCUGUCAUGGUGGCCUACAUCGCCGGACUUGCUACGACCGUGGCGGUCAUGCACAUCUUCGAAGCCGCUCAACCUGCUCUUCUCUAUUUGUCACCUGCAUGUAUUGGUGCCAUCCUCCUGAUGGGUGUUUUGCGAGGCGAGCUUCCUCAACUGUGGCAAUGGAGUGACGACGAGGAGGAGACAGAGAAAGGAGAGCAGAACAAGGUCACCUGGGCCGAAGCCGCCAAGAUGGAUGAAACCCCGGUAGUGGGUGAUUAUGCUCGUAAAGCCAACCCGGUCGAGGGGAAACCGACUGCUUCGACGGAAGACCAGGCUUCUCCUUCCGUCACUGCCUCACAGGACAACGAAGACUGGAUGAACUUGGAGAACGACAAGUCGGAGAACGGAAAGUCCAAGAAAAAGAAAGCCAGCAAGAAGAAGAAGUAGAGCGCGGGGACAGUUUAGGCACAAUCGUCCAUUCAUCAUAUUGCAUAUUCAUUCCGACAUGUGUUUACGUUGUUGUGCUCGAUUGUCAUGGUCGCUGGAUCGUGCUAAAAGAGAAUCGCCUGCCCGUCGGGACAACCAGUCGUCAGUCGAAGUGGUGUCGAAGC